CUCUCUCUCUCUCUCUCUCUCUCCUGCCAUCAGUACCCCAGCCAACUGAAUGCACCUUUAAUUAAUUCAUGACCCCUAAGUUAAGGCCACCUCUCUCUCUCUCUCUCUCGUGCCAUCAGUACCCCAGCCAACUGAAUGCACCUUUAAUUAAUUCAUGGCCCCUAAGUUAAGGCCACCUCUCUGUCUCUCUCUCUCUCAUCGUGUAAGACCCGACCCUUAUGGAGAAAAAACCAGGAGUAGUUUGGCAAGAUUUGCUUCGCAAUAGCCUUCUCACUAUACUUGUUAUCUUGAUCUUCACACGUACUGCUGCUUCUGCUACAGGCCUCUCCUUCGACUUCUACGCAGCUUCAUGCCCAUCUGCUGAAUUUGUGGUUAAGAACGCAGUAAGAUCAGCUUCCUUCUCAGACUCAACCAUCCCCGGAAAGCUCCUUCGCCUGCUCUUCCAUGACUGCAUGGUGGAGGGCUGCGAUGCAUCUGUGCUGUUGGAAGGAAAUGCGACGGAGCGAAGCGAUCCGGCAAACAGGUCCGUCGGAGGAUUCUCAGUAAUAAGCUCAGCUAAAACAGUUCUUGAGAUUUUGUGUCCCCAAACUGUUUCCUGUGCUGAUAUCCUUGCUUUGGCCGCCAGAGAUGCUAUUGAACUCGCUGGCGGACCAAGCCUUGGGAUCCCAACAGGGAGGCGAGAUGGGAGAGUCUCUUCAGCUUUAAAUGUAAGACCAAACAUGGUAGAUACAAGUUUCACCAUGGAUGAGAUGAUUAACCUCUUCUCCUCUAAAGGGUUGUCCUUGGAUGAUCUCGUCACCCUCUCAGGCCUAGAAUUGGACCUAAGGGGUUAUAAGCUUCUGGGCGAUGUGCGCUUUCACAUAAUGCUGCGUCGAGGGAUGAGUUCGAUCUCAGGAGUCAGUCUAUCUGCAUACUCCUCUGGACAGUUGUGUGGCAAGCCGACUGAUUCUACUACUUCUUCUCUUCCGCGAACCAAUGCUGGAUUAGAUGACGCUUUCGACAGCAAGAUUGGAUAUAAUUGGUGAUACUCCUGUGCAGUCUAAGCCGGGCCAGCAAACCAUCGCGGAUUUGAUCGCAAGCGUCUGUUUUUUUUUUUUUUUGGCGUCUAUGUUGUAGCACAUGGCUGACUCCGAGUGGCCUACACAUAUAACAUAGAAGACUCUUUUGUUUUUUAUGCAUAUGACUUUGUGGGUUUUACUAUAAAUCAUUUUCACAAAAAAGUUAAGAUUGCUUGAAGUUGGACCUAAAACAUUAUUUGUCGUCCAAUAUCUUAGUUUAAUGCUAAAAGUCACAAGCCUUUGACCAUAGAGACCUCCCUGAUAGAAAGUGAAAGGAUUCACCCUAA